CAUUUACAACAUAUUUGAGAAUCCCUUGCAAAAUUACAUUUGAGACAAAAGUAAUUUUGUUAACAGAUCAUGACCUUUGCUUUUGAGUUUAUUUUGUUUUUAUUUCUUUGAAUUUGCAUUGAAACACGUGUCAUAACAUUUCUAAGGACAAACCAAACAUGCACUUAAUAGUCAUGAUGAAAACUGUGUUCAGAUGAGGUUUUUUUCAUUCCCAACCCCCUUUAUCAGAGUUGAAUUCCAUCACUUUUAUGCUGUUAAAAAAAAUGUGCCAACUAUGCUCAUGUGAAGUCCCAUCCUUUCUCCCAUUCAUUAUUACCUCAACAAGUCCAUAUCAUAAUUAAUGCUCCGUGAGUGAAUGAGUCAGUGUCUUCAUAUUAUCACUGCUUGCCAGUGUCAUGGACUUAAGUUGUGAAAAUCAAUGAAUGGUUGGUUUGUGUAGGAUGCUUUGCUUGAAAGGAUGGGGUGCACUUACUCUGUGUAUAGGAAGAAAAAAUCAAGCUUUCCUGAAGUGGUGGUCUUUGUUCCAUCAACAAGAAUUCCGGUUCAAUCUGAUCUCCAAAGGGUGCUUAAGGGAGUAAUUCCAAGGGAUCUUGCUGAUAAAUUGGCUGCACUAAGGAAUCAGAUAGUGUUGAUUGCAGAGGAUACUGGUGGGUCAGCUGUAACUGAAUUGCAGCGAGCUUUGAAUGAAUAUUUGUCCGUUCUGAUUGGACUUACUAAGAAAGAGUAUGGUCUAGAAGGAGUAAUAGAUUUCAAGUGGAAAAAUAUAGAAGAUGGGAGACAAGAUAGCAGUAUAUCAAAUACCUGGUUUGAGGUGCUAUCUUCAGUUCACCUUAUGUCUAUGCUGACACUCUCAGAGGCUGACUCACUGAUGAUUCCAAAGGACCCCUCAGGCUCUGGAUUCAGGGUUGUAUCUUCAGAUAGCAAGAGGGAAGCAAUUGAUUUGUUACUCAAGGCAUCAGGAUACCUGGAGUUCUGUGUAAGGGAUGUUCUUACUCGGAUACCUGCUGAAACCAAGAAAACUUUCCCCCACGACUUGCAGGAGGGUGUAUUGGAGGCUAUUGCUAUUCAAACACUAGGCCAGGGAACUGAGAUUCAACUUGGUCUUGCGGUGGAAAGUCAGAAGGCAACUUUGUCUGUGAAGAGGAGGUUGGCAUGUGAGCAGCUGAUUUACUUUAGUCAGGCGUAUCACUGCUUGUCAGGAUGCGACAUCAACCAAGGGCUUGGAAGGAAGCAUAUUCGAUUUAUCAAAUGGAAGUUCCUUGAAUCCAAGGCUGCAGCCUACUACUACCAUGGACUGAUCCUUGACAAGGGUAGUGAACCAAGCAGCCACAUUGGUGCUGUGUCUUGUUUUCUUGCCGCAGAAGAACUUCUGGCUGAAAGCAAGAAGGCAUGCUUAAGCUUUUGUCUUGCACCUCCAGUGACAAGGGCUCCUCCAGUCUGGGGUGCUAUGAAAUUCUUACACCAGAAAAUUCCUGAAGUUGCAUCAAGGAAGUCCCAGAUGUAUGGCUACCUCUGGGAGAGAGAGAAAGGACUUCAAUCAUUGCCAGAUCUUCCUGAGUUCCAAUUAUCAUUACGUCCAGAUGACUAUGAACUGCCUGAAAUUGAUCCUGCAUGGGAUAGUAAAAACUGGAAAUCUCUAGGGCAGCCAUUGAAGGAGCACCUUAGAGAUAGUGAUGAGACUGAAGAGAAUCCAACUGAUUGAGAAACUUAAAUGGUCUUCUUUCUUUUGUAUUUUCUUUUGUAUUUUGUAGUUGAAUACAUGCUUGAGUGUCAAAGCUCUUCUAUACAUGCUAACACUAUCAUAGAAUAUCAGGGUUACUAUUCAUUAUAUGACUCCCAA